AUGCUCCUUGAUCUUGUGAGCUGGAGACUCUUAAACCUCGUUGAAAUACAUGCCGGCUUAGCGAUUUCCUGUCAUUAUUACUUCACGUCGGAUUCUUCCGGUCUCGAGCGCAAGUUGUGGUGGCGUUUGACGCGGCGCGCGUUCCUCAUUGGAGGCACAGUGCCGCUGUACGUGACCCUGCUCAAGUCCGAGAAUUCUCCAUGGAUGAAGAUCUUGGCGAUGCCAUUAGUCGCCGAUUCUAUAUUGAUCGAACUGUUGUCAUUGUUCUGGGACACUUCGGAAGCAGAUUUGGGGUUCAAUCGAGACUGGCCUCAUCGUACGCUCGUUGUGAAAACUGCUAAUCCGCCCACCCGCAAACAUGAGAACAAGGGAGACGCAGAUCAAAAUACGAAAACAGUAGAGGACAAAGAUACACCGUCGUCUAAUGUUACCGCAGAUGGCCUUUGCGAUCGGGUAUAUGGGCUCUGGUCGCCGACCGCUGAGGUAGAUGACAAAAAAGAUCUACAAUCAUUGCCUCCAAAUGAUUCCAAUUUGGAAAGGAUUUUCUCCCCCACGCACCGUGCCCCGCUUGGAAAGUGUGGACAGGGGCACUGGCGGUGUCUCACCUAUCUAGCAAUGUACAUCGCCAUGCGAGUUAUCCGUUGGCCCUUGAUGUUUGGCGAUCUGGCGUUGAUCACCUGGCUUCUACACGGCGGCCUGCAACCCCUGACGCUCACUGUUGCCGAUAUGUUGCUGAACAUCCGCCUACUUAAAGAUCUGCUCACCAUCUCAUACAUGGCAUGCAUUGUGUUUCUCGGGAACAUCUUGAUUUUCGUCGCUGUGAGGCUGCUAUUCCGCCAACUGUGCCAAUAUAUCUCGUUCUUACGGCGCGUAACGCAGUGGUUCCAAGACCUUCCCAGCGUGGCUCCAAUCACCUAUAAAGCUAUCCACCUCUUCCAGUGGAUCAUUGCCAUUGCUACUGUGAGCCAUCUCUCCGUGAUACUUGUAAUAGCGGUGAUCCCACAAUUGUCAAGGAACAUAUUAUCAGCUUUUAUGGAGUUGAUAGUGAUCCCCAUGUUUUACAUCACAAUGUAUAUGCUCGUCUGCGGCAGGGAAAAACCAGAAAAGGCCCCAGCUAACCCUGAACCCCGACUUAGAGCCGAUCCAGCCCCAGAAGCAGGCCCAUGUCCCAAUAUUACGUCCCAGGAUCACACGAACGAUGCAGACAACGAUGCAUCUAAAUCCCUCCAAUCUGCAAAUGGAGACCGCUUCAAUAUAUUGCGAUUGGGCUUGCUUAUCUCCACAACGGCCAUUUGGUUUCUUUUCUGUUAG